AUGAUUCGACGACAAACCCAACACCAACAUCAACGAAAUAUUCGUUUCUUUCGAGACGUUUUGUGCUUCACUUCUUCGAAACGAGGAACGCCUGAUGCUGCAUUCAGGAGUCGAAGUGGUGUCGACGACGUUUCGCCCCGAAAGGGCACGAUACGGAGAAGGAGCAGCGGCGGCGGCGGCGCCAACAACAACAACGGAGAAUGUCCCGAAGGCGAUUUCAACGUCAAAUUGUCGUCUCACUUGAAGAAUUUGUUCAAAGAAGAAGCGAAAGCGAGAGCGUCUGGGUCGAAGUUACAAGGCGGGAACGCGCCGAAGAGCAGUAGCGAUAGGAGUCGUAGCGGCGGCUUCGCCGCUUCGGGCGGCGACGCUUCGUCUUCGAAUUCUUCUCCGAACGCGUUGGUGUCGUCCGGGCACGAGUCUAUGCACAGGAAAGUUAUCGCGAUUCCGUUAGAUCGAAGACCGAUUAUGCCGGGGAUAAUUAUGCCGGUGAGGACGUUUGAUAUGACUUUGGUGGCGGAAUUGGAGGACAUGAAGAAGAGAGGGCAGGCGUACGUGGGGGCGUUUUUGAAAAAGGAACGCGUGAAGGAAAGCCAAAAGGAGGACAACAGUAAUACUAGCAAAAACGGUAAUAAUAAUAACAACAAGGAUACUAAUAAUAACGGGCCAAUCGCGGGUGCGAUGAAAGAAGACGUUUCGGGACUGAGCGUGGGUGAUUUAGAGUACGACCCGGCGUCGGAAUUACACGACAUCGGGACGUUCGCGCAAGUGCACAACAUCGUCCGGUCUCAAGAUACCGAUCCGGAUUCAAAAGACGGGAACGGCGCGACGUUGUUGCUCUUAGGCCAUCGACGGAUUAAGAAAGUCUCCACGGAUAGGAAAAGCCCGGUGACUAUUGUUAACUGUGAACACUUGAAAGAUGAAAAACACGAUCCAGAAUGCGACGUUUUGAAAGCCACGGCGAACGAGGUUGUCGCGACGAUUAAAGAUUUAUUGAGGACGAACCCGUUGCACAAGGAAACUUUGCAAUAUUUCGCGCAGAAUUUUAACGAUUUUCAAGACCCGGCGCGGUUGGCCGAUUUAGCCGCGAGCAUGACCUCCGCGGACGACGACAAGUUGCAGGAGAUUUUAGAGACGAUGUCGGUUCCGGAGCGUUUAGACGCGAGUUUGGUGUUGCUCAAGAAAGAAGUCGAAAUCGGUAAAAUCCAAGCAGAUAUCGGGAAGAAGGUUGAGGAGAAAAUAUCCGCCGAUCAAAGGAAGUACUUCUUGAACGAACAGUUGAAAUCGAUUAAGAAAGAACUCGGAUUGGAAAAAGACGAUAAAUCAGCCAUGAUUGAAAAGUUUACGAAAAAGUUCGCGCCGAAGCGCGAGUUUGCGCCGGAGGAAGCGGUCAAAGUCGUCGACGAAGAAAUUCAAAAGUUGUCCGGAUUAGAACCAUCGAGCUCGGAGUUUAACGUCACCCGAAACUAUUUGGAAUGGCUCACGUCUCUCCCGUGGGGCGUCGUCGGCGAAGAAAAGUUGGACAUCGCGCACGCCAGAGACAUUCUCGAUGGCGACCAUUACGGCUUGAAGGACGUCAAAGAACGCAUACUCGAGUUCAUUGCGGUCGGGAAGUUGCGAGGCACGACGCAAGGUAAAAUUAUCACCUUGGUAGGGCCACCCGGUGUCGGGAAAACGUCCAUCGGCCAGUCUAUAGCGAAGGCGCUGGAUCGGAAAUUCUUCCGAUUCUCUGUCGGCGGCAUGUCCGACGUCGCCGAAAUUAAAGGCCAUCGUCGAACUUACGUCGGUGCCAUGCCCGGAAAACUCGUUCAGUGUUUAAAAUCCACGGGCGUGUCGAACCCGGUGGUCUUAAUCGACGAAGUCGAUAAAAUCGGUCGUGGCUUCUCUGGCGAUCCGAGUUCGGCGUUGUUAGAAUUGUUGGAUCCAGAACAGAACGGGACGUUUUUAGACCACUAUUUGGACGUCCCGGUCGACUUGUCCAAAGUUCUAUUCUUAUGCACCGCGAACAUCUUGGAUACCAUCCCGGGUCCGCUUCUCGACCGGAUGGAAGUCAUUCGCUUGUCAGGUUACAUCGCGGACGAGAAGAAAGAAAUCGCGAGAAAGUACCUCGAGAAAGAGGCCAAGAAUAAAACCGGAGUCAAAGACGAACAAGCGACUGUGACGGAUCAAGCGUUGUCCACGUUAAUCGAAGAGUACUGCAGAGAAGCCGGAGUGCGAAAUUUGCAAAAACAUCUCGAGAAGAUUUACCGCAAGGUGGCGUAUAAAAUCGCCGUAGACGACGAAGCGACGACGACUGAAAAUAAAGAAAAUGAAGAAUCGAAGAAGGCGUACGAGAUCAACGAAACCGAUUUAGUCGAUUACGUCGGUCAAGCACCGUUCCAAAGCGAGCGGUUUUACGAGCACACGCCACCUGGCGUGGUCACCGGCCUCGCGUGGACCGCCAUGGGCGGGUCUACCUUGUACGUCGAGUGCGCGAAAAUCGAAUCGAGUCCAGGUAAAGGCAAUUUGAAGGUCACGGGAUCCUUAGGCGACGUCAUGCGAGAGUCCUCGCAAAUCGCGUUUACGUUUGCGAGAACGCUUUUGGAGAAAAAGGAACCAGAAAACACCUUCUUCGCGGACGCGAGCGUACAUUUACACGUCCCUCACGGAGGCACGCCAAAAGACGGGCCGUCCGCGGGAUGCACGAUGAUCACCGCCAUGCUUUCGCUCGCGCGUGAGAAACCGAUCAAAGCAAACUUGGCGAUGACUGGUGAAGUAACUUUAACCGGUCGAGUUUUACCGAUCGGCGGCGUGAAAGAGAAAACUAUGGCUGCGAGACGGUCGGGCAUUAAAGAGCUCGUGUUUCCGAAAGGAAACCAAAAAGAUUACGAGGAGCUCGCGGAGGAAAUCAAAGAAGGAUUGACGGUGCACUUUGUGGAAUCGUACGAAGAGAUUUACGACGUGGCGUUUGAGAAGAAGUAA